AUGACCCGACGGAAAGACUCCUCGGCCUGCUUCCUCUGCUCGUCGCCGCCGGGAAACCCUGACGGCUCCCGGAGAUCCGCCCCGUCCGUGCGGCGGCCGACGGUGCUGCCGGAGCUGAAUGGCUUCCUACCGUGGCCGCCGGCCACAGCCGUAGUUGUUGCCGUCCACAGUCUGUUUACGCCGCUCAUUUUUGUGUUUGCUGCAAACGCUUCCAAGACAUUUUUGGGCCUAGACAGGCCGAUUUCGAGCCCGCCUUCGAAAUCUCUGGACUUGCACAACGACAUGGACGUGUCGGCAUCUAUAGACGGAGACUCGAACUUCUUCGGUGGCCCCCACCCGAAGUCCACAUCGUACAAAUCGAACCUGGGCGACCCGGCCACCCCGAACAGCCGUUUUCCGAUCAACUUUCCGUACCCCGCCGGCCAACCCUCCGCCCCGUCCAAAAUCCCCUUCUCGUUGUACACCGUCCGUUGCACGGCGGACCCGAUAGCCUCGGCCGCGUGGGCCAAGCCCUCCACUCCUCCGGCCCGGAGAAGCCCGUGCCUCGACUCGGCCAGCACGAACGCGAGGCAGUUGCCGAAGUAG